UGUGGAGAAUGCGCCGUUGUAGGUCAGCUUUAGUAGGUUAGGACAUCAAAUUGAUCCAAGUGCACUUUCAUCAAUUUUGUGGUUGUGAUAAGUUAAACAAAACAAUUUUAUCGAAAGAUUUGUCAGUGUUAGUAAGGUCCUCGCUGUCGGAAAAUGCUGUGCAUCCACAAAACAUUCACAACUAAUUAGAUUAGAUAAUGGAUUCACUAGGGAAUAUUGCCCUCGCAUUCCCCGCACAUGGUGCUAGAGACCGAUCAUGAAUCAUGGUGAAGAAAGAAAAAAGAAAAUUAACCCGAAACAAAGGGCGAACGUCCUAUCAACAAUAACAUUUUUUUUUUCGUUCGAUUUUUUGAGAAAAGGGUUCAAGCAAGAUAUAACUGAAAAUGACGUCUACGAAGUCCUUCCACAGUUUAAAGCGUCGAAGGUUGGUGAUACGUUGGAAAAAGAAUUCUUGACACAGAGAUCUCAGAAGGAUAGAGUUUCGAGUUAUCGGUUGCUAUGGAGUUGCUACGGCAGGUACUACUUUCUUCUGGGUUUAGUCCAACUAACCAUGAAAAUGAUCAUGAUAACGAUCCUUCCCAAAGCCCAAGGAAAGUUUAUUUCUUAUUUUUCACCUAAAACCACGCUUAGCAAAAGCGAUGCCGUCUACUACGCCGUAGUUGUAAUAGGGCUAAAUUUUGCCAUCUGUACCUAUAAUCACAACUACCGCUUCCUCAUGACGGAGCUAGGAAUCAAAAUCAAAACCGCCUUUUGCUCUCUUAUUUACCGAAAAUCUCUAAAAUUGACCACCAGUUCAUUGUCGAGAAAUGGAAUAGGAAAAAUCGUCACUCUGAUUUCCAAAGAUGUCAACAGUUUUGAAAAUAUGGUAAUUUUCUUGAACGACAUGUGGAUUUCGUUGAUAGUACUAGUGGUAGCUUCGUGUAUCAUGUAUUCGAAAAUAGGAGUGUCUGCUUUAAUCGGUCUCUUACUUUUGGUUUUAGUGGUGCCCCUCCAAGUGUAUUUGGGUAAACUCACGUCCGACUUCCGAAUCAAAGCUGCAAAAGCCACCGACGAACGGUUACAAUACUGUCAAGAAACCCUAUCAGCUAUCAAACUUAUCAAAAUGUACAAGUGGGAGGAUUUCUUCUGCCAAAAAAUUUUACGAGCUCGGAAGGAAGAAAUGAAGAAGAUAAAACUAUUCUAUUUUGCUAGAUCCAUUUUCACGGAACUUGGAACCUUCAUCAUCACUCUAACCUGGUACAUAUUGAUCACCACGUACACAGGUCUAGGGAAUCAACUGACUGCCGAAAUAGCGUUCUUCCUCCGGGAAUGUCUGCGCGCUUUAAGAUCACCCAUGACCAUAUCAAUCCCCCUGGGAAUACUUCGAUCGUCUGAACUAGUAGCUUCAAUACGCCGAAUUGAUACCCUCCUCACGGAUAAAGAACUUACCAAAACCGUGCAACGAGAAAACAAACACGUCAAACCUUUCAUACAAAUGACAAACGUGGCCAUCAAAGUUGGCGAUUGUGAGGUUCUAGAAGAUGUUAAUUUGAAACUCGGUGUUGGGGUUAAUAUUAUCAGUGGGAAAAUCGGUGGUGGCAAGACCGCACUUUUACAAACCAUAGUGGAAGGUUUGGGUUAUUCUGGUCUAGAAAGAGUGGGUACCAUUUCAUACGCUUCCGAAGAACCGUGGUUGUUCCCAUCCAGUAUCAAACAAAACAUCCUGUUUGGUCAACAAUAUAACGAAAAACGGUACCGCGAAGUCUUGAGGGUUUGUGCCCUAGAUACGGAUCUUGGUACUUUCAAAAAAGGUGACGAAACUAUUGUCGAUGAUCGUGGACGAAAUUUAAGCAAAGGACAGCAAGUUAGAAUCAAUUUGGCUAGAGCUGUGUACAAUGACAGUGAUAUUUACUUGCUAGACGAUUGUUUAUCGUCUUUGGAUGUUUAUUUACAAGAGUACGUUUUCACGGAAUGUGUGAAAAAUUUUCUCGACAAUAAAGUCGUGGUUUUGGUUUCCAACAACCGACGAUUCUUUAAUAGGAGUGAUAACGUUUUUGUAGUAGUUGAUGGUAGUGUUAAGAGCGUGACAGUCGCUGAGUUACCAGAAACUACAAUCGAUGACUUAAUGACGGACGACAAUAACGUCAAAACUGACACUCUAGAGAGCGAAAAAUCGGAAAUUAGUGAAACCACGAAAUUACUCGACCAAAAACCGUACCAAAAUAUCUACCACGAGAAGGCAAAACAAGGCAAAGUCGAGCUUGGUGUCUACAAAAAGUAUUUAAAUUUCGCCGGUGGUCUCUUCAUCAUGUCUUGGGUUCUCCUACUUUACAUAGCGACCCAAACGGGGCUGGGUUACUCAGAGAAGUCGGUAAGCAGAUGGGUCAACAGCCAACAAAAUUUAGCCACUUCACCUACGAAUACCACGGAAUAUCAACAACUCUUAGACAACGACAGAAAACAGUUAAACUUGUACACUUUGGCGAUCGUUCUAUCCGCUAUCUUUUUGACAACACGAAUCUUUGCCUACUAUAGUUUUGCGGCUAAAGCUGCCUCUGCUCUUCACAAGUGUAUGACGAUAUCAGUUAUCAAUGCCACGAUGAAAUUUUUCGAUGUGCGUUAUUUUGGGAAUAUUUUAAACCGGUUUGCUAAGGACAUGUACACGAUUGACGAGUUAUUGCCUUUCAAUGUGGACGAGUGUCUAAAGUUCGUCUUCAACUUUAUCAGUGCCGUGGUAUUAAUUGUGUCAGUCAACGUCUAUUUUUUAAUUCCUAUUGUCAUUUUCUUCGUUGUACUAUUUUUCAUGCGAUUUUUUUACAUUCCAACGGGGAGAAGUAUAAAGAGACUCGACUCAGCAACCCGAAGUCCUGUGGUUGGUCAUCUCAAUGCAACUCUGGAAGGUCUAUCGACAAUCAGGGCCUCUGGAACUGAAUCCAUUCUGAAGAAAGAGUUCGACAGACAUCAAGAUCUUCACACUUCGACUAUUUACAUGGAACAAAGUGCUUCUAGGUUUUUUGCCUACGCUUUGGACCUACUGUGUAAUUUCUUCAUCGCAGUGAUUAUCAUCAGAUUUCUGGUCUAUGACAAAGAUACCCAAGCCGGUAGUGUUGGUUUAGCGAUUUCCCAGGCUUUAUCACUACCAGGACGCUUACAAUGGGGUAUAAGACAAUGGGCGGAUUUAGAAAGUCACAUGACAUCAGUAGAAAGAGUCCUAGAAUACACCAACAUAGAAAAAGAAAACCGAAGUGGCCGCUUGCUCGAAAACGUGUCUUCUUUCAAAAUCUCCUACAAGAACGUCCAUCUAGAGUACGAAAAAUCCAAAGGCCACGUUCUCAAAAGUAUCAAUUUUGUUAUCAAACCUGGCGAGAAGGUUGGAAUUGUUGGAGGAACCGGCGCAGGCAAAUCGUCGUUGAUAUCAAUCCUGUUUAAACUGUAUCAAUACGAGGGCAGCAUCAUCGUCAACGACAUUGACAUCAAAUUGAUCUCUUUAGACUCCCUUAGGUCGAACAUCGUCGUGAUCUCUCAAGACCCAGUUGUCUUUAAUGGAACGAUUCGCAGCAACAUCGACCCCACCGGUUGCUACACCGACGACGAAAUCUGGACCGCCAUAGACAAUGCAAAUUUGAAACAUCUGAUACCGGCUUUGGAUUGUCAAAUCGUUGAUAAAGGUUCGAAUUUCAGUUGUGGCCAAAAACAACUAAUUUGUUUAGUUAGAGCCUUGGUUAGCAAAAGUCGGAUUGUGGUUUUGGACGAAGCCACUGCCAACGUAGAUCCCGAAACCGACAUCAUCAUUUCCAAGAUCAUAAAAGAGGGUUUUGUGGGCUGCACUGUGUUAAUGGUCGCUCAUAAAUUGACAACAAUCUUAGAUUUCGACAAGGUUAUGGUCAUCGAUAAAGGAGAAAUCGUGGAAUUUGAUGCACCCGACGUUCUGGUACAAAACGAAAAUGGCGUCUUUUGCAAGAUGGUGGCGAAGGCCGGGUUGUCCCGAUAGCGUGUAUGUGUGUGUGUUUUUACGAGAAUAAACCAACUAUUCAUUCA